UGUAGGAUCGGGAUACAAACUUUGCCGUCUAUUGUACCAAAGUCGUGAUGCAAUCUUACAUCAGCAACAUUAUAUGCACUAAACACUAUCGGUAAUCAAAACCAUUUCCAAGAAAGGGUAACUGGUAUAAAACACCGACAGAAAAAGUUUUUUUUGUGGACAUCGUUAAUAAGAAGUGAAUCAAGUGAAUACAGCAUGAAUUGCAGUAGUAAUUUGUAUUUGGUUAGUGCCACCGGUGGAAGCCAUGUAGUGUCGGUGACACAAUUUCAAACUUCAUCAUGUGCCGACCGCCAAGCGCCCGGUAUAAUUUGCGCCAACUGCAACACGGUGGCCGUUUGCGUUAAGAUAGGCUCGGUGUGGGAACCGUCUCUGGUCGAAGCCUGCAAUGCGGACGAGGGCCUGUACUGUAACGAGUUCGAGGGAGGAUGCUCUACCAGCAUUGGGUCGUGCAAUCCGACCGGGGGAGGUGGCUUUGAGUGUAACACGCCCGGCGUGUUUCCGGAUCCGUUCAAUUGUCGGCAGUACCACAUGUGCUUCCUGAACGGCAACAAUCCAGUUGCGAUUAAUAUGGACUGUGGAGGGGCGGCCUUUUCACCAGCAAGUGGGGAUUGCUCCCUACCGCUGAACGAUACCGUCUGCCUAACGCCACAAUUCAACUGCAGCUUCGUGGGACAAAUGGCGGCCUGGCCGGGAAAUAACAACAUCUACUACAUCUGUGCAGCGGAAACGGUACAAGGAAAUCGUCUACUGCGCCCACGGUUAUACCGCUGCCCGGCCAAUCAAAUGUUCGUCGAAGGACAGUGUGUGCAGCGUGACUGGUCCAACAUGCCACCCGGUACGAUAGUUCCUUACGAAUGCGUACGCCCGGGGUUGUUUGCUGAUCCUGCCCACUGUCGGUACUACUACAGCUGUAACGCGGAGCUGGUCGCAACGCAUCUACAAUGCCCAGAAGGAACCUUCUUCAAUGAGAAUACCCUCUCGUGUGUGUUGGGAGUUUGCUAGUAGGAAAUGUUUAGUUGCCGUUUACUUCAUGUUGCAAUAAACAAUCACUUGCGAAUCGAAAUGGCUACAAAUAA